AGGAAAUUUCAAUCAUGAGGAUCUGUACUAUCAGGCGCCUACAGGUCAUAAACUACUACAGUAUACCUACUUUGUAUCAUGGUGGGCGCGACGGGGAGCUCCAUACUCUAUCGGUACCUUGCACGCUUAUCAGCACCAUGUCACGCAGAGGCAGCAAAUUAGACAGUGGUUAUAUAGAUACAGAGUUUUCUUCCGGUGACUCAAACAGAAAUAAAACUAAACAGCAUUACCGCGAGGAGAACAAUAACGAGAUCGAUGAGUUGUCCAAGGAGCUAUCGGAGAUGGGAUGUAUCGUGGAUGCUGUGAAAAAACCACCGAACAUAUGUGUCGAGACCUGCGUCUACGACUCCGGGUCGGAGGGAAGGAAAUCUAAAUCCUACAAAGAUGAUGAUGUGUAUUCUGAUGAGUUUGAAGACGAUAAGAGUGAUGAUGAAGAUGAAUCGAUCAAAACUGAUCUGCAGUCUAUAAAAUCGAACAGCGACAGUAUAAGCAAAGGGCAGUUCAGUCAGUCCUCAGUGAAACUGACCAAAAGUCAUUCGUCCAUGUCCACUAAGCACCCAGCAUCGAUAACCAGCAGAUCUAAUUAUGGUUCUAUAUCAGUACCACCGACCAAACGAAUUAAUAUGUCAUUCACCAAUGAGAGGCUACGGGAGAUCGAACGCCACAAUCACAUACUGCUGACGAAGAUAUUAAGCGCCAGGAACACGAGGAAGUCUUCCAUACCGCCGCGAGAACAGCCGGACAGGAAACCUGUCCCAUCCGCAGCCGUGUCCAGGAAAAAGCAGCAGAAACAGAUCGAUCAUGACAACAUGAUCCUACUUAAGAAGAUCCAGCGCGCCAAGUCAUCUUCUUGCAGCAUCCGCCGUUGAUACAGAUGUGGCGUCCGGUGCGCGGGCGCCGCACACUGCUUAUAUACGUGUUUGAUACUAAAGUUAUC